UCACUUGCUUCGCCCAAAACGCCAUUCAAUCUGUCACUUGUCAAAACAUUGCCAAAGUACUUCGCGGUGAUUCAUGCUGUUCAGCUGCUUUGCGUACUCUUUGGAAAAUCAAACUGGGGAACGAUAUGUCUGUGCCGGCUAUGGAGAAACAUCUCUUCAACCUCAAAUUUGCGGUGAAGGAUCUGGAACGAAGUUCCAAAAAAUGCGAAAAAGAGGAAAAACUCGAACAGGCUAAAGUGAAAAAGGCCAUCCAAAAAGGUAACAUGGACGUGGCUCGAAUACACGCAGAGAAUGCAAUACGACAGAAAAGUCAAGCGCUGAACUAUCUACGAAUGGCGGCGAGAGUUGAUGCUGUUGCAAGUCGUGUCCAGUCCGCUCUAACCACAAGAAAAGUUACCAAUUCUAUGGCAGGUGUUGUAAAAGCAAUGGAUGCCGCCAUGAAAGGUAUGAAUCUAGAGAAAAUGUCAUCCCUCAUGGAUAGAUUUGAACAACAAUUCGAAGAUUUGGACGUACAAAGUUCAUACAUGGAAAAUACAAUGUCUCAGACUACCACAACUGCCGUACCACAAGCAGAUGUGGACAACCUGUUGCAGCAAGUAGCAGAUGAAGCAGGUCUUGAACUAAACAUGGAACUACCAAGCGGACCUCAAACAUCGACAAUUGGUGCCUCGACACAAGUCUCACAGGAACAGGACGAACUAACUCAACGCCUGGCCCGACUACGGCAGGCAGAGUAGAGCCUAAGCUUCACCUUAGAGCCUUCGAUUGAAGAAGAACAACUCCACUGUAUUUUUGUUAUGUUAUUUAAAUUAAGAAGAAUUUGAAAUUUCCAAAAACAAAAUGCUUUUAAUUGUCACGAAAACAUUCUAGUAUCGAAUCCGGCAACUCUACUGAGGGUCGUUCACGGCUUGGUGUUAAAACAAACAGCUAAUGUCAAUCUCUUAACUUUAUAUUUUAAAAGGAAAAUGUAUAUAUCGAAUGUAUUAACGCUGCUUCGUGCGAGCAAGUGAAAAAUGAAUAUAGAAUGCUAUUUUUACA